UCGUUUAAUUUUUCAAGGCUUUCGUUUCAGAUUUGGAGAAAUAGUUGUCACUGACCAUAAUCCUUUUUCAUGUAAAUUGAUUGUGUCUUUUCAGGAAAGUGUAUUUCCGUAAUAAAGGAUAAGGUUCAAAAUGGAUAAUAUGACAGAAAAAGAAAAGAAAGUUGUUGAAGAGUUGAGAAAAAGAACAAUUAAUGAUGUUACUCCAAAAAUGUUGGAAGAAACUUCUGUAUUUUAUCGAUUCGCUAAAGCUCGAGACUUCAAUAUAGUGGAAGCAGAGAACAUGCUGAGAAAACACAUCGUCUGGAGGAAAGAGUUAGAAAUAGAUACUAUACUAACAGACUACGAGCCACCUGAGGUUCUCUUAAAAUAUGCCCCAACAACUUUUAUUUGUUUCGAUAAAAAAGGAAAUGCCGUGCGUCUCCAAGAUUGCGGUAGGGCAGAUGUAAAAGGUCUUUUAUCUUUGGCAACGAAAAGAGAAUGGGAAAAGUACUGCGCUUUUGUCAUAGAACAAGAUUUAGACAAAAUAAUCAAGCAAAGAGGAAAUCUUGGGAGACCUUCAUUUUUCUCGCUUGAGGAUUUAGCAGACUUUUCAUAUGCAAAUGCAAUAAGCAUGAAAACUUUACAGUUCUUAUUUCCUAAUGUAAAGAUGUUUGUUGACAAUUAUCCUGAAAUCCUCAUGAGCAUAACGAUAAUAAAUGCCCCAUUUUAUUUUUCGUGGACAUUUGCUGCAGUCAAACCUAUUCUUCCGUCUACAGUCGCUCAAAAAGUGCGAAUCUAUGGCAAAGACGGUUGGAAAGAAGUUCUGACUGAAGAAAUUGACGUUGACAGCCUACCUGCAUACCUCGGAGGAAACAGAACAGAUCCCGACGGGAAUCCUCUAUGUGAAAGUUUUAUUGUUCGUGGCCAGCCGAUCCCCAAGAGUUAUUAUAUGCAAAACAGAGUGAAGAAACUAUCUCUAGAAUCUGCUGUAGAGAAACUCACAAUGAUGCCAUUGUUCAAUGAAGAAAUAACAUUCGUAAAGAAACUAUCUCGAGAGUCUGAUGUAGAGACUGUCACGGUGAUGCCGUUCUCCAAAGAAGAAAUAACUUUCGAAGUGAAAGACGAGAAUUUUUAUCUCGAAUGGGAGUUUCAAAUAAACAGAAGAGGCAUUGAUUUCUCAUUAUUUUUUAAAGGAGAAUCUCUGAAAGAUCUGGAUCCUUUGAUGCUCAUACCUAAACAAAGAAUCGACGCCAUUGAUGAAUCAAAGAAAGGAUGCUUCACAUGUGAUAAAUUAGGCAAUUAUACAAUUGUUUUCGACAAUUCUUACGAUUCUCAAUCUAAAGAAGUAUACUACAGAGUUAGAUUAAGAAAUCUAAAGAAUGAAGACAUUUACAAGCCAGCAUGAAAACAACUUACGCCCUUUUCUUAAAGAUCUAUUUGGACUAAAGUCUAGUAAAAUAAAUAAUGUUAGUUCUUUGAA